GGUUAUAAAAAGCUUAUACACGUGCUUGACCCAUGCUAUGUUCUUCCUGGCUGAAAGUACUUUUCUAAGACUGCCAUUCCUAAGCUGUAUGUAAUGUGCAAAGAAUCUGUGCAGCAAGAAAUAUUGUCAGCCAAGUACUUUGCAACAAUCUCUGACCUGUGGUCAAGCCGUACUUCUGAGCCAUACAUUAGCUUGACCAUUUACUUCAUCGACAAUGAAUGGGGUUUGAAAACCAGAUGCCUUGAGACUGCAUAUUUCCUUGAAGAUCACACAGGAGAAGUGAUAGCAGAAGGCUUGAAGGAGGCACUGUUGUCCUGGAGUCUGAUUGAAGACAAAAUGGUGUGCAUCACCACAGACAGCAGGGCAAAUGUAGUGAAGGCAACUUCACUGAACAACUGGACACGGCUGCAGUGUUUUGGCCAUCGUUUGCACUCUGCUAUUGGUGCUGCAGGAAAAGAUAAAAGAGUGAAGAGGGCUGUAGGUGUGUGCAAGAAAGUGGUAUCUACCUUUUCUUACUCGUGGAAGAAAAAGAGUGCGCUCUCUAAAGCACAGGAACGUCACAGAGUCACUAACCAGGUGGGGCUCAAGACAAAAGAUGGUGGCAAGGGUCCUAGAGCAACAAAAGGCCAUCACUGA